AUGAGGAUUCCUAAAAAGCCCCACCAAGUUGGCUUAGACGAAUUACACGAGGAGUUAGACACUACUCCUGUUCACACAGCAGCCCGGGACGGCAAAGUCAAAGAAUUGCAUGAGAUCUUACGUGUUGAUGUAAUGCAGGCCAUGUUGGUGGACAAGUACGGACUCACGCCAUUGCACUGGGCGUGCGAUCGCGGCGAAGCGGAAGUGUCGCGCUUGCUUCUCCACUACAAUGCGGACGUAAAUGCCAUCGAAAAGCGUAUGUUUAAGCGUCGACCGCUGCACUUUGCCGUGCUAGCAGGCUCCGAGGAAACGGUGCGAGAAUUGCUGUCACAUAAUGCUGACUUGACGGCUCAAGACUACCGCGGUUGGGCACCGAUUCACGGCGCAGCCUACAGUGGGGACUUGGGCGCGCUUGAGGCACUUCUGGACGCUGGUUCAAGCGUAAUGACGCAAUUAACACGGCAAAACGAGACGGCACUGCAUAUUGCCGCUAGUCGAGGACGCAUGGAAGUCGCUCGACUCAUUUUGUCGAAGUGCUGUCCGGGCGAUGAAGCGGAGAAGUAUCUGCUGUCGAUAAAGAAUGACACGGGAUUGACGGCCGCGCAGUGGCAUCGACUGUGUCAAGUGUACAUCUCGUCGUCACCAGAGCUGUUUGGGAAAAAAGACAAUUAUGGGACACAUUCGCGACGUCGUGACUAUGAACCCCGAACUUCAACCCGAUAUCUGAUACCCAUGGUGCUUCGUGCUUCAAUAACGAGCAAUUCCGGCGUUAUGGAUAUUGUGGCCAAAUUUUACGGUAACGUUGCUACAUUCGUGUGA